AGCAGUCCACUUCAUUGGAUUUACGUAUCAUAAUGGCAAAAUUCUGGAUCUGCCUUUGGUGCACAAUCGUCUCUUGGUAUCCACUUUUAGCAAACGGAUACCUAAAUGUGUUCAUUAGUCAUAAGGAGGUUAUGAAGCUAAUGGGCUUGGAAGCGGAUUUAUUUUAUGUUCACGAGGGAGCAAUAAACACAUACGCAAUGCAUUUCACCGUACCUGUGCCGGCGGAUGUACAUGAUCUGGAAUUCUCAUGGCAGAGUCUGACAACAUACCCGCUACCUUAUGCCAUUACCAUAGAGCUCGAGCACGAGCAGGAGGCUUUGGCGGCACCCACACUGAGUAUACCAGACAAGGGCUUAGUGCCGUCGCAAAUUGAAACAUUUUUGGUGCAUCUGCCCUGCACAGGAAACGCUACCGAGCAAGUACCACUUAGUGUCAACAUGGUGGUACGUGGCCCACCACGGACUAAUGAUACAAGAUUGCAUUUUAAACGCAAUAAAGUUUGCUUAAAAGGUAUGUUCCCAGCACCAAAUCAAUCACCGGCUCCUGCACAUGCACCAUCGCAGGGUCCAGCACUGUUAGGCGCUGCAGCCUGUGCAUUGGGUUUGGUAUUAGUGGUUGGCUUGAUUGCAAGUGCAAUGUACCUGCGUGCACGUAAACAAUUACGUCAGGAUUCUUUGCACACAAGCUUCACAACCGCAGCUUAUGGUAGCCAUCAAAAUGUUUUCAUACGUCUUGAUCCGCUGGGUCGACCACCCAGUGCUAACAGUGGGUCGUACGCAACUAUAGCUAGUCUUAAUAAGUAUCCCUCAGAUACUAAAAAGUCCUGCAGCAUAUUUGAGCGUUUUCGUAACUCACCAACUCCUUCUCCAUAUGCAACAGCACUACUGCCGAUGGGUGAUCAAAUCACCGAAACAAUUUAUUCCAAGCCAGAAUCGAUUUGUCCCUCGAGAAUAUCGUACUAUGCAUCAUCACAGUUAACCCAGUUCAGUCUGAGUUUGGUCAUCAUACAACAACAAUCUGAGCAGUCUGAGUUGGGUUAUCAUACAACAACUAUAGAAGAACUAUAG